GGGGGUGCAGAUCCCCGGGGCCUGGGUCUGCAUCUCCGGCCUGGGGAGCCCGGGGGUAGGGGGCAGCUCGGAGGGAGGGAGAGAGGGAGGCUCACGGGGUGGCCACGGUGGGCAAGGUCGGGACCUGCCUCCUCGGGUAAGAGCCACCAUGGACGGGAGCAGCUGGGUGUGCACCGAACAGCUCAGGAAGGCCUCGAAUUCACAGCGAUGCUCCUGCUUCCUGAAUGCCGCGAUUUGGCGCUGUACCAUUGUACCAGAGCUCUGGAGUCGGGGGAAGAUGGGGAACAGCAAGAGCCUGUUGGGGCAGAAGCUCUGCUCUCAUUUCCUCCCCGAGGAACAGGCCGAGGUGGACAGGCUGUUUGAUGCCCUGACAUCUGGUAAAGGCAACGCCCCCGGGACCUUCUCUUUGGAGGCUCUAAAGAGCCACGUCGGGGAGGCUCUUCCUCCAGAGAUGGUCACCAGACUGUAUGACAGCAUGCGGAGGGUUGAGCUGACCCAGAAAGCGCUCAGCGGCAGCAAGAGUGUUUCCCGGGAGCAGCUCACAGUGUCGCUGUCCUAUGUGCUGAAAGGGAAUUCUGAGGAGAGGAGCCAUGUGAUUCUGAAAAUGAUUUCUGCUACAGAUGGUCCUGUGAAAGCCAGUGAGGUCCAGAAGUUCACAGAGGACCUGGUGGCAUCGGUGGUACAUGUGCUGGCCCACAGACGGGAGCUGCGAGGCUGGACUGAGAGGAAAGCCACGGUGGCCUCCAGCGUGCAGGCUUCGGCUGCACAGCUGCUCUCAGAGCUGAAGUUUCAAGAUGGCCAGAAGUUUCUGGGGGCGCAGUGCCUGGACCGGGAUUGUGACCGAGCCGUGAUCGAAGACUGGGUGUUCCAUGUGCCCCACGUGGCCACGUUUCUGAGUGUGGUCGUCCACAGGGGCCUUCUCCUUGGCUCAUCCCUCGACCUGGCCACAUUGGUCCCCGAGCGCCAUGUGGACCAGGGGAGGCAGUUUGAGAGCAUCCUGGACCUGCCGUCCGUCAUCUAUCUCAACUCCCAUCUGGCCGUGGAGCAGCAGCACCAGUGGCACCUGCUCUUCUCCACACAGCUCCACGGGCAGAGCUUCUCCCAGCUGUGCGGCCACAUCACGCACCGGGGGCCCUGUCUGGUUGUCCUCGAGGACAGCAAGGGCCACGUGUUCGGGGGCUUCGCCUCCUGCUCCUGGGAGGUCAAGCCUCAGUUUCAAGGGGACAACAAAUGCUUCCUGUUUUCCAUUGCCCCCCGCAUGGCCGUGUACACACACACGGGUUACAACGACCACUACAUGUACUUGAAUCACGGGCAACAGACCAUGCCCAAUGGACUGGGCAUGGGUGGGCAGCACCACUACUUUGGACUGUGGGUAGCUGCUGACUUCGGGAAAGGGCACAGCAAGGCCAAGCCCAUGUGCACCACCUACAACAGCCCACAGCUGUCCGCCCAGGAGGACUUCCAGUUUGAUAAAAUGGAGGUGUGGGGGCUCGGGGACCCCUUAGAGGCGCAUCUGGUCAAGGACAAGAAGAGCAUCCUCGACUCCGACCCCGGGGCCCAGAUCCUGUUGGAGGCCAGCGGGCGAGCUCGUCACAGUGAGGGGCUCCGAGAAGUCCCUGAUGACUAAGGCACUGAUGGCUGAGGAGCCCCCCUGAACAGUGGACUUCCUGGAACCAGAGCGGGACUCCCCAGAUAUGUGGCAAACCCCUCCCUGUUGGGUAGGUGGAGGUCCUCAGACCACCUCCCCCACUGGAUUAACUUUAAUGUAGAGCCACAUGGUCAUACUGACGCCAUGCAAGAAAAAAAAUCCCUCUGAAGCCAUAAUUGCUGGGGUUCACCUCCUGGGAGCUCCAAGUGUCUGACCAUCUAUCUGAUCAGUACCUCACUCUUGUACACGAUGAACCCUGCUGGAGCUGGUGGGGUUCAGAACAUGAGUUCUAGCCUCAUGAGGAGGCUCUGCCCACUGGGGGACACUUGGUCUUUCCCCUGGGAUCCCAGUGAGUUCCUCAGUGACCCACUGUGCCUGGGAAGGACAGAGAAGCUUGGUGAACACCUUGGUACUUUAUGGGAACGAAGCUGGUAUGGGAUUUCUGGGUUUGCAGCUGAGGAUCUGAAGAUGGUGUCCCUUGGUGUGGGGGUCCUGGGGUUUGUCAUGGGCUCCUGUCUAGCUGACUCGGGUCUUUUGAAAUGAAUGUGAUAAGCAAAUACGGAAACUCCAUAUUCCGAGGGGCCAACCCAAGCGUGGGGCACUGGAAGACCUAGGGUCUGGGAGCCAUUUGAUGGAUGCCUAGGACCCUUCCCAGAAGUCAGUGGUGGGUGAGGUUGAGCCCUGGCCUGGAGUGUAAGCCUCCAGGGACGGCCUCUAAGGCCAUAGCAUAGGGCUACUUCCAGAAGGGUGCUGGGUCAUCCAGCACUGCAGACUCACUUUAGACAGACUCCAGGGCCGUUUACAGAGUUGCUGUCCCCCACCCGGCACACACUGUGAGGCGUUGCAGCCAUGGGAGUGGCUGUGGGCUCCUAAGACUUCUACCUCUUCCUUUGCCCUUUGCUAUAAACUUGGACCCUUAACAGAUCUGAUAAAACCUUUGAUUAUUCAGUUUGCCUCAGAAGCCAUAGCAAGUGAAAUGCACAUAUUUUUGCCGAUUCUUUUUUCUCCCAGGAGGCUCAUGGGAUAGUUCACAGAACAGUCCUGACGACAGCAAGUCUGGGGUGUUCCCCUUCAGGAGAAAAGUGUGGUCUCGGUGCAUGGGGGUGGGGUGGGCACUGGUUGCAGAAAAGGGCUUAUUUCAGUUUCCCUGGUAAGAAGCCAGCUUCCAAUGGAUGGAGAUAGAACAUACUAGAACCUUCUAACCACCCACCCUGGCUUCACGGGAUUAGGUCACUGGUGGUCACUUGGCUGUAGUGUUAUUUGUGAAACGCAGUUUGUGUUCCUCACUGGUUGUUGGCCUGUGCUGCCCGUGGCUUGGUGUGACGCGUUGCCAUCAUGUGUGGCUGCUGGGGAGGUCAUGGCCCCGUUCUUCUUGUGCCCUUGCAAGUGUGUGGCUCACAGACAGGCACCACCUGCCCCCCAAGCAGCACUGGAAGACAGCAGCCCCGCAGGUGUUGGCUCACAUGGUGCAGUCCUCUUCUGGGGGCCAGGUGGCGGUGCUCAGGGCUUUGCCUGUCCGUACAUACACCUAUCACACACUUGUCAGCACACAAGUCAGUGUGGGGCGUUAGCUAACUUGCUGGGGUCUGAGAAACUCAUGGUCUCUCUUUCAUAAAAGAGGAGUGUAGUGUUUAAAAUAUUUUUAUGUGUAUGAGUGUGCUGCCUGCAUGUAUGUAAGUGCACCCAUGUAAUACAGAGCCCACGGAGGUCAGAAGAGGCCGUCGGAUCCCCUGGAACUGGAGUUAUGGACAGUUGUUAGCCGCUAUGUGAGUUCUGGGAAUCAAACCCGGGUCCUCUGCAAGAGCAUCCAGUGCUCUUAACCACUGAGCCAUCUCUCCAGCCCCAAGGACUCUACUGUUUUGUGAACUGGAACAAGAAUUCAGCAGUAAGGGCCAGAGACCUCCCUACAAGUCAAGGCUGGUCCUAGCCCAGAAGGUACUAGAAGGUAAAGAACAUGGACAGUGUUGCAAACGUGACUAUUCUUGUUUCCCACCCUACACUUCUAUUUAGAGGGUGCUUAAUACCUGUGUACGUGGUGAAAGAGCUGAGAGAGGACAUCCCUGGAGAGCCACGUCUCUCUGCCCUCGAGCUCCCGACUCUGCACCCUGGAGCGUGGCUGUGUUUGCACAUGCUCACCACAGAAGUGUAACUAAACCCCAGACCUUGGCUUUUUGAGACAGGGUCUCCUUUGUAGUCUGGCCUUGCCUUGGACUCACGACCCCCCGCCUCUGCCUCCUGAAUGCUAUGAUGCAGCUGCCUGAGGUGUGACUGUUAUUUUCUCCAUGUUGAUGGCUCCUUCCUCUUUUUAUCCCUCUUACAACCAAGCACCCAUUUACCAUGUUCACGCCAGCGCUAUGCGAAGAUCCAGAGUCUACUGAC